AAAUCAAAACCUAGAUAUAUGUGAAGCAAAACCAACCCAAGUGUAUCAUAUAUCCUCUUACUUCUAAGUUCUCACAUUUCUCUCAAAGUUUCAAAUUUGGUAUACAAUAAGACGUCUUAGUAUCUUCAUUCUUUUUUCUCCAUCAAUAUUAUGAAUGCCAUGAAAAGAAGCAGAGAAGAGGACAGGCAAGUGGAAGCAGAAGCCAUGGCUAACUAUGCCUUAAUGCUAUUGUCUCGUUUAAACAACAACAACAACAACACGACUUCAACAGAUCGAGAUUAUCACAAUGAUUUCGAAUGCAAGACUUGCAAUAAACGCUUUCCAUCUUUCCAAGCUCUUGGCGGCCAACGUGCAAGUCAUAAACGGCCAAGAUUACUUGCCAGAGAUUUUCUUGUGCAAUCAAAAAAGAAUAAAAUGCAUGAAUGUUCUAUUUGUGGUAUGGAGUUUUCUUUGGGUCAAGCUUUAGGUGGUCACAUGAGACGUCACCGUGAUGAAAUUAAUAAUACUUCAGCGGCAGCCGGAAAGACAAUGAUUCCGGUGUUGAAGAAGUCAAAUAGCAGCAAGAGAAUUUUCUGCGGCUUGGACUUGAACUUAACCCCUGAUGUAGAUGUUGAACUGAAGUUAUGGCCGACGGCACUAGUUUUAUCUCCUGUUUUGAGAAUCUUUAUUUAAGUCCCUUUUCUUAGUUAACCUUUUAGGAUUAGCAGAAAUUGAUUUGCUAACUCUUUUCGGGUUCUGCCCUUGUAUAUUUCCAUAACUAGUGAAUACGCACUUCGCGCGCUUGUAUAAAAGAUAAUUAAGCAAAUCAGGUUACUUAUAAGACCUAAUUGGAUUUGUUUUUU